GGAAGUGGUAAGAGCCAAUCUAGGCAGUUAUAUAGGAUCUCACUAGGAAAGAGUCAAGUAAUUUGAAAAGCCAAAAGGAAAGGAGAAUUUUUAGAUGAAAAUAGGGGAGAUUGAGAUCCAGGGUGAAAAGGAUGAGGUGAGUAGAAGAUAUUGGGGAGAAACAGCAACAGGAAAUGGUAACAGAAUGAGGCAGGGCUCUGUGUCUCAUGGUGUGAACUGAGGCCAGGCCACCACACAGGGCCACUCCCUGAUCCUUAGGCAUUCAUAGGGACCUUUGCCCUGCCACACUCCAGUCCUGACAGCCUUUCUGUGCCAGGACAAGUUAUGGACAUCUGCUCUGAGCCCCCAAGCCCCUAAGACAUUUCACGACACAGCUAGGUCCCAUCCCUUUAAAGCAGCUGCUUCAGACUAGGAAGUACCCACAUCUUGUAGUGAAGAGAACUAUGGAACACAGAGCUAAUCAUGGAGAUCAGGAGAGACCCAGCCUUCGUCUGGAAAAGCUACAGCACUGGGCAAGACACAGACAAAGUGGACACCUCUUGGUGCUGGCGGUAAGCCAGCUAUGGCUGGCAAUUGCUAUGGUGCCCUUUGCUAUCUCAGUUGCCUGCUUGAAUUCUGCUUGUUACAUGGCCACUGCACUGCCACUGGGGCCUGGAGUCUUGGGUCUUCUCACUGGGACUGUCACUCUUGAGCUUCGCAGAGCACCCUGCCUUUGGAAGGUGCGGGCCAUGAUGAUAUUCAACAUCUUCAACUUGAUCUUGGGCUUCAUCGUGGUAGUGGUGGAGGUGAUGAAGACAGCCUUGGGGCCUGCCCCUACUGCCCCCUCCCAGCUGGCAGGCUUGCUGGUACUGGAGCUCAGUGCUGAGGCCUUCACCCUAGGGGGAGUACUGUUCUCAGCAUAUGCCUUAUUCUUGUUGAGCCAGAGGAAGCCAGGAUGCUUCAGGAGCCAGAGUCUGCACUACCAGGAAUUGCAGGAGGGCCCCUCUGAAAUGGAGGGGAUUGCUGGUUUGGAGAAUGGUCCCAGAGUGGCCAGCACAGGAAAUGGAACCAAUGAGUGAUGAAGCAAAGGGAAGCAGACAGGUGCUACUGUCCUAAAAGGGCAUUCUUCAGACUCUCCAGCAUCUCACUUACCAAACUCAAAGAGCAGCUAGCUUUGAGUCAUGCAUGAAGUCCAGAAGAGUGCUUUCAGUUUUCACUCAAAGCAAGCCCUUUCUUCUGCCUUCCCCUCUAGAGGAAGGGAGUCCUACUCAUUUCACCCCUGUAAAACUGCUUCCUCCCAUCCACCUCCCCCUCCUUUCCUAUUGCCUCAUUCAUCUUCACAUCUGCCUCAUCUCACUGUUCUUUUCGGUCCACCUUUCACAACCCUAUACACUCCAUGCCCGUUCCAGCGCACAUCAACCCUGAAUCUAAGUCAGGGGUGCUCCAGUUCUCCAUUGGAUCCGGGGCCUGCCUACGCUAGCGGAGACUACAAGUCCCAGAAUCCCCCGCGACCCCCCCCCCCCCCCCGCGACCUGCCGGG